CUACGACAGAGGUAAUGGGAGUCUUAUUCAAGAAGGAGAAUGUAGCUGAUCCUCAGGCACUCCAAGAAGUUCAAGCGUAAAUAGCAGCUCACAUAAGGUGCAACCGGAACUCACGGAAGGUGCAACCAGAAAUUUACUCCGUCGUUGACUCUCCUCAAACAAUUAGAAGGAAUGUUCUGUGAAAACCUGCUAACGAUGCCGGGCAUAGAACUGUAUCUCAAUUUCUUAUUGUAUUGAUUAUCCUGGCAGUCGCUGUAGUGGGCAUAAUGACGUACUUUAGCUAUCGGUGGUUAGUCUCUAUUCUUCAGCCAAAUCACUCGGCCAACGACAAUAGCGCCGCUCUAGUGACCACAACUUUACAUUCAACAGAGCCCAGUAGCGCCCCCUCAUUGAAAAUAAGUCACAGUCUACCAGAUAUCAAGGAAGAACUCCAAAAACAAGUUCACUGCAAGAAAACAGCUCCAACACGUCAAGCAACUUUACCAAGUGUUCCAACACGCCACCAAACUUUCCAAAGACAGCUGCAUAUCUGCGACGUUCCGUUUGAAAUUUGUAACAAAGCAACUCGUGAAUCGCCGUCUGUCGGAGAGAUCAAACCAGAGCUCUACAAGAAAGAUUUGGGGCGGAAGGCGUCCACUGAAAGUAACAGUACACUGGAAGAAGACGGAGAACAUGGAAAGCCAUGUGGAAGAAUCCACUUUACCCUGAGAUAUGAUCAAGACAUAGAAGGAUUGGUCGUCAGAGUACUUCAAGCCCGAGACCUCCCAGUAAAGGACUUCACUGGAUCCUCCGACCCAUACGUAAAGAUUUAUCUUCUCCCUGAUCGCAAAAAGAAAUUCCAAACUCGGGUCCAUCUCAAGAACCUGAACCCGGUCUUCAAUGAAACGUUUGUAUUUGGAGUCGGUUACAACCAGCUAAAAUCUCGUAUGUUACAAUUUUCCGUAUACGAUUUUGACAGAUUCUCUAAACACGAUUUAAUUGGGCAAGUACUUGUAAAAUCACUUGCAGAAGUGUGUGAUGUAACGUACGAAAUGGAAUACAUCAUGGAUAUAAUGUGUGCUCCUCAGGACAAAGAAAAUCUAGGAGAGCUGAUGUUAUCACUGUGCUACCUUCCAACUGCCGGUAGACUUACUGUCACAAUUAUGAAAGCAAGAAGCCUAAAAGCCAUGGACAUCACCGGAUCGUCUGAUCCCUACGUUAAAGUGUCUCUCAUAUGUCAAGGAAAGAGAAUAAAGAAAAAAAAGACAACCGUCAAAAAGUCAACUUUAAACCCUGUUUAUAAUGAAGCGUUAGUGUUUGAUGUCCCAGCAGAUAAUAUCGAAGAUGUUAACCUACUAAUCAAGGUCAUCGACUAUGACAGAGUUGGAGCAAAUGAAAUGCUUGGCUGUUGUGCUAUUGGAAACCAAUGUAUUGGUUUGGGAAGAGAUCAUUGGUUGAAAAUGUUGGACACGCCUCGCCAUCCUGUAGCACAGUGGUAUCCCCUGGUGGACAUCGCCCCAAGUUUUUUGGACUUUUCCGAGCAGUCUCCUGUAAAAUGUAUCAGUAUUAGGUGAUAAUCUGGAAAAUGAAAACCCAGAUUGAUACAGCUAUAUUCAAAUAACCACGAGUAUGGUUCAACCAUGCGUAAGGUAGAAAUACCCUUCAGAUGGUAUCAAACAAAACGGUUGUCCUCUUUUCUUCCACGAUCGCUACUCAUUACACGCUACUUCUUCUGUUCUGCAUACACUUAGCAACAGCAUGAGUAUUAUCAAUCCAAUGUACAUGUUGUCUACCUAAUAAUAAGGUCUGUUUAUCGGUGUAUAACCAUAUUACACGUUUUAAUACGACGUGAUUAUUACCAAUCCAAUAUACAUGUUGUUUACCUAAUCAUAAGGUCUGUUUGCCAACCUAUAACCAUGUUGCCAAAUUUUUGUUCUCAUUUCCUUACGGUUACCUAAUGUAUAGAUACUUAUUUGCUUCUAAUUAGCAUAGCUUUGUAAAAUUUCAUGUUAAUUGAACGUCUUUCUGCAAAUUUAUUAUUAUUCUAACACAACUCUUUUUGUUGGAUAUGGUAAUGUUAUCGUUGUGAUGUGAAUGCCUGAUGGUCUAAGGAAGGAUUUUCUUUAUGGUAUACACUUUUUUUUCAUGCUUAUUCAUUCUGGAUUUAUUUGUUUUUGUUUUUGCCAUGCUUUUACCUUUGUUUUUAGUAAUUUAUUGAAUUAUUUAUUCAGUUUAUGUAAUUUUAUUAUCCAUCAAUAUUUUUGGUUCUCUGUAAGUGUAUAUAGGUAUCAAGAAAUCAUCAAUAUGUUAAACUUCAACAAUAACAACCAUUGUAAAUUAAAUUAGCAUGUGUGUUCAUUGCUCUUCAACUAAGAAAAAGUUGCAUAAUAUGAAUUGGAAAAUUUUAUUUUAUAGUUACAUGUUCCAGAGUGUUUCUUUGCUUUAAAAUGUUAUAAUUUUCUGAAAUAAUUGUGUGUUUCCAAGAUUUUGCAAAUAGUUUUAGUAGGGCAUGUUAUUGUUGAACAAGGCACGUUGCCAGUUUUAGUGUCAUGACAUAUAUGUGAGCUGUGAAUAAGUGUUUGUCAAUAUUAGAAAUAGCCGACCUAACAACACCACAUUUCUUAUUUUUCUUUAAUAGAACACUCAACGUUUCGACUUAGAGCGAAUUUAAUAUUUAAACCAAUUGGAGCAUUGUACUGUCAGUUACGGUUUGUGUUUUAGUGGAACGCUCCUCAAGAAGCUGUAAAGCGAAACACUGAGUGUCCAAUUAAAGAAAAAUAACAAAUUUGGUGUUAUAAGGUCGUUUAUUACUAGUAUUGGUAUGUCUUGUAUACACCAAUAUACACUACAUAAAUUGAACAAUUGGUGUUUGUUGUCACUUAAAAAUCUGUUAUUAAAAUACUUGGAUUUCAAUGACUACCAAACAUAGUAUAGAACGUGAUUUUAUUGGUAGAAUUCCUUUUCAAUAUUAUUUUUGCCAAUAUAUCUACAUCAGUUUAUCAUCUCUGAUUGGGUUUUAUCAUUGUUUUUGAUGAAAUGUUUCUAUGUAUUUUGUUUAUCAAUAGAGCUUUUUACCUUUAGUUCAGUUUUGUCACGAAGGACUUGUUUAUUGUAUAAAACUCACUGACUACUUAUCAGUCUAUGACUUUACACUACACUCAUGAAAUUCGUGAAAUAUAAUUUGAAGAUUCUCCGUCUAAAAUUGGUAUAGAUGUUGUCAUAGGAAGCAGAUGAAACACUUCUCACCAUCUGAAGAGUAAAAAUUGACACAUAAUUUAACAAUUUAAAAAAUCAAAAUAAUUAUGGUUUUAAUUCUUCAUUUUUAUCAGAUAACAUAUAACGUAUUUUCUUAAAUAAAAACAUUUAUCAUUACUCAUUAGGCAAGUGAAGCAGACAUUGUAAAGUUUGAUGCAACAUGAAUAUUGUUGUGGUGUACUAUGUUUUGCAAAGUUUGAGGUUAUGUAACACGAAUAUUGUUGUGCUGUACUAUGUUUUGCAAAGUGUGUUGCUAUGUAUCCUGAAUAUUCUUGUCGUGUGUUACUUUUUACAAAGUAUUAUACUAUGUAACAUGAAUGUUUCUGUCGUGUUAUAUUCGUGGUUACGACUAAAACUGAUUCUUUAAAUUGGAAUGUUUGAGCUCACAGUUCAUUUAACGUCUUUUUUUAAUUAUAUUUUAUUUGUUAUUUGUUUGUUUUUCAAAUAUUAUGAGUAAAAAAAUCAAACAUUUGAAAAGAAUUCAGGAUUAGAUCUCUUUCCACAUAACAUAUAAAUAAGCAAAAAAUCAAACAUGCGAGAGGAAUUCAGAAUUAGAUCUCUUUUCACAUAACAUAUAAAUGUCAAUUUUGUUUUAACAUCUACCACAUGAGCCACUUGAUGUGGAUCCAAAAAUGAGUUUUGAGUUGUUUGGAUUAGACAAAAAGAAGACGUUUGGCACUAUUUUCAAGGUCUAGGUUGUUGGACCAGACCCGUGACGUUACCCUAGACUUGACCCAAAAUCACAAAAACCAACAUGGGGGAGUUAAUUUGUAAAUGUAAAGUAAAACGAUGUAGCAAUAAAACAAGCUUGAAAUCUUGUAGAUGCUAUAGUGAAUGUGAUGGCUUAAGCGUAGCGAUUAAGCUAAACCGUGGGUACAGGUCGGAUGAGGGAAGAA